UGUAUGUUUAUUAAAUACUGCAAAAAAUUAUAUCACGUUAAAAUUUGCUAUAAUGGCCUUCAAAUAUAUAUUAACAAUGCAUAUUAUAAAUGACAACAAAUGUUUCCAAUAGCUAUUAAAGCGGCUUAAAAACAUUUAGAAUAAAAAUGGCAGAAAAGAAAUCCAAAGAGGAUGGUGGCUCUGUCAUUCAAUCGGAAGACCAGGAGACAGAUAUGAUGAACAUGUUUGCGAGCGUGUGGGUUAAAGUUGAGGUCGAAGAAGAGAAUGACUUCAGUAACAGUGAAGAUAAGAAACCUAGUGUACGCAGUAAGACUAGACGGAAGGGAAAAAAGCGAAAAUUUACAAAAGUACUCAACUGUGAUGAAUGUGAUUACACGACAGUUUACAAGAAUUGCUUAGACCUCCAUGUGGCUGGUCACAAGGAUUCGAAGCCAUUUUCAUGUCAGCUCUGCGAAUACACGACCAAAUACCCCACCUCCCUCCAACGGCACGUCAUGAUAAAACAUCAGUCUGAUGACGCGAGUGUAUCAGAGAAGGACAAGAAGACACUGCCGAUGCACAAGUGUGAUGAAUGCGAAUAUUCAUCGUACUUCAAAUGGAAUCUAAACGCACACAAACGAAAGCACAAGCAAGAAAAACAAUUCAAAUGCCCACACUGCACAUACGCAACGGCAUACAGACAUAAUUUCGUCAAACACAGUAAAGUCCACAACGAAGGUGUGUUUUACAAAUGCGACAAGUGUCCGUUCGUUACGAAAUUUGAAGGGCACAUAACAAGACAUCUCGCGAAGAUCCACAACGAAGUGACAGAGAAGGCGAAUAAGUGUGAUUUCUGUGACUUUUCAACGAUGGUCCGUUGGAGAUUGAAUAUUCACAAGCAACGGAGUAAGCAAGAAGCGCCGAUGAAAUGCGAAUACUGUGAAUUCGAAACUGUGUACAUGUGUGAGAGUAAACAGCACAAAGUGUCCCACUAUAACAGGAUAUACGGUUCUGGAGUUAUUCAAAACAAAAUGUCUGAUGAUAUACAGUUACCCCCCAUGGAUAUACAAGAGAAAUCCGACUAUAUAACCCAGGAGACACUCGAUAAAAGAGACACACAAAACCAGUACACACUCGAUCCGAACUGCUUAGAUUGGAACAGUAUACAGGUUUUGGAAUCUGAAGACAAGGAGAGACCAUUCCUGUGCCACAUGUGUAGUUACACGUCGAAGUUCAAAGCGGCUGUUCAGAGGCAUUUUCAACGACACCACACCGGCAGCCAGAACCGUCCCUAUAAAUGUGUGAACUGUGACUUCUCGACGAAAACCAAAGACCAGAUUGCAUUACACAAUAAAAGGAGUCAAUCCGACAAAGUUUUGUUUUGUGCCAUUUGCAGUUUUACAACGACUUACAAGUGCCAGUAUGUCAUGCACCAGAAAUGUCACUACGCAUACAAAUGCACGCUCUGCCCUUACUCGUGUAGGCAUAAAUAUGAACUGCAAAAACAUUUCACGACGUUACACUUGGGCAACGGAUUGAAAUGCAGCUUCUGUGAUUAUAAAGCAGCUAGAAAAGAAAGUCUUCUGUGUCACGAAACAAUACACACAGGCAACAAACCAUUUAAAUGUACGUACUGUUCCUACAUGUCCGUUCGUAAGUCGUUGCUGGACAACCACGUGAAGAGAUACCACAGUGAUAUAAAGAAGGAUGUGACUAUAGUAAGUGAGACGAAGAUCCAGUCGUUGAAAGUUCCAAUGCCAUCGUUGAUUGAUAGUUUGAGAGGGCACUGUGACCAAAUUCCUAUAUCAGAGUAACUGAUUAUUUUACUGAUAUAUAAAUUUUAAGGGAAAUCGUUUCUAAAUAUGGCAACAGUUACAUCUAAAUUAAUGGGUGUAUAAAUAGGUUUAAACUCCUUUGAAAUCAUAUUUUAAAAUGACAUUUUAACCGUUUUACACCAAUUUCUAUUUUACAUAAUGUCUCGAGUAAUUGCACUUUUUACUAAUAAGUAAUAUUAAAGCGAGCCUUAUCAAAAUCGAUGUGAUCUUCUUAAUGUCUGCUUCAUUUGGUACAGUAACCCAAAUUACUCAGAAAACGUCGCAAAAUCCAAAAGAACUGUUCGGAUGUAUAUCGUUUUUUUCAAUAGUUCUGAAUAAUUUGUAUUGAAAUUAUGAUUUGUUUUAUUAAUACGUAAAGUAUUAUGUAUUCAAAUUAUAUCUGCGAGGUUUAGAUGGUUAUUCAGACAAGUGUAUUUUAUCACCUAAUUUUGUAUUAUCAUUAUAAAUGCCAGUGGAUCUCUCUUCUCUCUCGAAUAUGGCUAGUCUAGGUAGAGAAUAAAAGACCUCCCCCCCCAAACUUUUAUGUAAGUGUUGUACAAAUUGAAUAUUAUAUAAAUGUAACUGGAGAAACUAUACUUAAAUUCAAGUAAUUUUUAAAUUCGUUGAGAACUUUAUCAAUAGGGUUCGGAUAUUUUAAUUGGGCAGGAAAAGUUCUAAGAAUUUCAAAAUUCCAACAGUAAUACGUGUGCGAUGUUGAUUAUUGCUCGCAAAUGCCACAAAUUUUAAUACAGUCAUUAGUUCAAUGGUAGACAGGCCGAUGUAAGUCGCAGGUUCGAUCUUACCCACGAGCGAGAGCCAUUAAAGCUUAUUGGAUUGGAAAAACGCAAUAAUUAUCGCCUUUACGUUAUGACCAUCUCGCUCAGACAAAUUUGUCUGUGAUACUAUGGGUGUGCAUUUUGUUGGCGUUUCUUGGAUUGAGUAUUUAGAUUGACGAACAGUUGAUUUUUCAAAGAUUGAUACGCGAUACAAACUUGUAUUCGCAUUACAGAUAAUCUUUAAUAAUUGGCACCCAAAAAUUUCAUCAAAUUUCCUGGGUAGGACUGUGUACACAUCUGCCUCUACCUAGCCAAUAUGACCUUGGAACAUACAUAACGUAUACUUGGACUCAAGACAAACUAACAUAUAGAUAUAUAUGAUUGUAGUUAUUCACAAUUAUACAAAUAAAAUCACGCAUUGUUUUAUUGACGAGUAAUGUCGCGUCUCCGCUGAAAUGAUUGGCAUUAUUUGUGUUUGAAACUUUUCCAAUCCACUUGUUUCGAACUAAAGUUGACCAAAUACUUUGACCGAACAUUCGGUGGAGACGGACUGUAGAUUUGAUUGUUCUAAUAUAAUUUAUGUAGUUUUGUAAAAUACUAAAAAAUAACUCGAUUAAUGUUUAAAAUUAAGAUAUACAAUUAUGUUUAUACUAUUUAGUUGAUUCUCACGUUUACUUCGUGUAAGUGAUGAAAAAAGAAUAAAAUAUUGUUUAUUUUAA